AUGUCCGAUAGAACACUCAAAAUGCAGGCUGGUGUGGCCGAACUGCUUGCGUAUUUGGGCAUCGAUGAGGAACCUGAGCAUUGUCUUGAUGUUCUUUCUAAACAACGUCAUGGUGCUACUCCAUUAAAAUCCUUUCCUUCAUCAUCCAGCCUCAAGUCUAGCACCACAACCUACCCUCUAGCUGAGCGCAUCGCUCUCAAUGCAUCGUUGCUAAACAAAAAUGCUCCUACCAGAUUUGCCAGUAUUUAUGAACGAUUAUGCAGUCAGAACAACAGAGAAUUGGAACCUAUAUUGUAUAUUCUUUCUCAGAUCCAAGAAAGUAAUUCUGUAUCUAAUUUUAAACAGAGUGCUACCGCUUCUACUCCGUCAAUGCAUGGUCGCUUGCGUUCAACUGCAUCCAUGAGUAGCAUCAAAGAUCAUGCGUCACAACUUCUGAGCUCAAAAGUGGGUGUUACUCCUCGUAGUGCACUAGAGCAUUUACUUGGUCAAAAACCAACAAAAACACCAGAUCAUCGUCGGCUGGGCAAGUCUCGAUCUGUUUUGAAUGUCGGUAGUUUGGCCAAAGAUUCAAGUUCCAUUGCUUCUGAAACCAUGAUGGAUGGAUCAACACUUGCCUUUACUCCAAUUCAGCCAGUAAUGACUCAAGCUGCUAUUCCUAAAACAUCUAAAAAAACUGCAAAUAUCCAAAUCGUUAAUAUGAAAGCACCUUUAGAACGAAUGCAUUGCAUUACCUCGACAAAAACUGAUCAAACACAGAAAUCAGUUACUUCCCUGCUAAACAAGUCUUCAUAUGAACAAGAAACUCUAAUAAUUGAAGAUUUACUGUACGUUCUGAUGGGUAUUAACGGAGAGUACAUUCAUCAAAUCGAAUCAUCAAAUGCAUGUCGUGAAGUACCAAAGUUUUUUGUUGAUGAGCGAUUAGAACCAUCAAUUAUGGAUAUGGUUACAAAGAUUUUGCCCUUGGCUGGAUACUAUAUCCUUCUUGAUGAAUGUGUUGAAAAAUACACCUCGUUUGAGUAUGGUCGCAUCUAUCACGCUUUGUUUGCAGCAAUUCGGUCGCUACUGGAAGAUUAUCUUGUGCUUAUUGGACAGAUUGAGCAUCUGGCGCAUACAUCUUCCAAUUUUACACUACAAAAGCUAUGGUAUUACUUGGCACCAUCUAUUGAUACCAUGGCGAGUAUUACAUCAUUGGCAGUGGAAAUCUACGAGGCAAACAACGUUUCUAGUGCUUCGAUGGAUGAGUACGAUAUUCGGCAUGUUGUCGAGACCAACCAUUCGACCGGAAAUCGCAACAGUGGACGUAUUUUAGGAAUUCUUGCUGCAAGAAUGGUGACGUUGAGUGGAAAUCCAGAGCUUAAAAAACUCCACGGAUAUCUUCUUUCACUUGCAGCUGUUCCCUACCUUUCAAUACUCAACACAUGGAUUCUUUGUGGUGAGCUGGAUGAUCCAUUUCAUGAAUUCAUGGUGGAGGAGCAUGCUCAUCUAAGCAAAGAUAAGCUUCGUGAAGAUUUCAACGAUGUGUACUGGGAACAACGAUACAUUCUCAGUAACGAGGCCACUCCCACCUUUCUUGAGCCAUGGAAAGAAAAGAUUCUUUUUUCUGGAAAAUAUCUUAAUGUUUUGCGAGAAUGUGGUAUCGAGAUACCUAAAGGUGCUGACCAACUUGGUCUAGCCAGCAAAACACUGAGCUCAGGAAUGACCGAUGUCGUGCAAGCAAUAGAUGGGGGCAUGUUUAUUGCGAAUAUUGAGCAGUCGUUUUUGUUUGCAAACAAGUCUCUUAUUGAUUUGCUGACAAAGGAUUAUCAACUAAUUGAUCGGUUAAAAUCUUUAAAGCAGUUUUUCCUGUUUGGCCAAUCAGAUUACCUCACACACUUUUUAGAUUUGGCAGCCGUAGAUCUCAUGAAACCAGCGUCUCAAGUUCCACACGAAAAAGUACGAUCUUUGCUUGAACUUGUGAUAGGCAGUCCAUCUUCCUGCUGUUCUACCGACCCGUUUAAAGACGAUGUGACGGUAGAACUGAACCCCACGUCACUAUUUCAGCAACUUUUACGCAUCAACUCUGUUGUAGGGCUUGAUGUAAAAAAACAUUUCCAUAAUAUGAAGAAUGGAAAGGGAAGCCGAGCCAUUGAUCCAGAUCAGUCUUUUUCUGCUGCAGUAGAAGACGGACCUGAUAGCAUUGAAGGUCUUGCUGGUGUUCUUACGGGCAUAGAAGCGUUUGCGUUGGGAUACAAAGUUGCAUUUCCACUUUCACUUGUUAUCAAUCGCAAAGUUCUCACGAAAUACCAAAUGAUAUUUCGUCAGCUUUUUCUUUGCAAAUAUAUUGAGCGUCUUCUUUCAAGUACGUGGAUUGGACAUAACCAAUUGCAAACAAGUAUGCGCGGAGGUUCGUCACGCGAGAAUCCAGGCAAUCAUGGAAUGCAAAAAGAUAUGGCGCUGAUUAGGCGUAUGUCGUUAUUGAGAGAACGAAUGUUGCAUUUCAUCAAAAUGUUCAUGUAUUAUGUUUUCUUUGAUGUGCUGGAGCCUAAUUGGAUCAUGAUGGAGGCUUUACUUCGCAAAGCAACAACAGUGAAUCAAGUGCUUGAAUCUCAUGAUGAUUUUCUCAACUCAUGUCUUAAAGAAUGCAUGUUGACCCAUCCAAAACUCAUCAAGGUGUUUAGCAACAUGAUUGGUACAUGCCAUGCGUUUGUGGAGUUUUCCGAGUCUUAUACUAGAUCCAAAACACCUGGCGCACAACCGAGAAUGUCAAUUCACAAUCGAGACACUUUAGCACCAACUGCCCAUCCAGGAGAACUUCCAGACGGGUUUGUUACCACCACACACUUGCAUACUCAUCUGUCAGACACGCUCUCUAUUCGCACCUUUGAGGAUAACUUUCUUGCUCAAGUCCAGAAGCUGAUUGAUGUGUUGCAGAUCCUCGGCGUGACGGAAACCCCUCGAUUGAGUCAUCUGCUCUCCCAGUUGGAUUUCAAUGCGUUUUAUAGUCGGCUGCCCAACUGCUCUGUACACUUUGUGUCUAGCCCCACUGUUCCAAGUAGGAUGAGUGAUUCUGCUGUUCUGAAAACGGCAAGCAGCCACGAGACUGGAAUUAGGUUAUAGAUCAACAUCUACCCAGUGAAUCAUUCAAGGUCUAAAUAAAAUAGCUCAUUUUAUUAUUAUUCAAAUUCAAAAAACGAUGAGUGGGAAUAUAUAGAUGAAGCAGCAUCCAUGCUUUCAUCAUGUGUGCAAAAAAACAAUACGAGCAAACAAGCCAAAGUUGACCAAAUAAAACAGAUGCAUGGCUCGAGUCCAAAGCAAGCAUAGCCAGAAUCAUGUCCACAUAUCCAAUCCUGAAGUUCCUUGUCGAAUUAGACAUGGCAAUGAAGACGCACAUGACAACGAGGUAGCGACAGUCGAGUCCUUGCCUGGUUCCAAGCCAAUGAUCCAGCCCAGUUGACGUUUAAACUCUUGCAAUGCUUCACCGAGUCCGUAGGCUUGUUUGACUUGAGCUGCAUGCAGGUGAAGGUUGCGAGCCCAUUCGCCCACCAUAUAAGAACCGUAAACCUUUCCUUGCUCACCGGCCUGACUGCCUACUUCUGCUACAACCAUCCGCCAGCGUCUGCCCAAUUGCUCAUAGACAGCAGUACGGGUCUCAGUGUUGCGCACCUCGUUGUUCCAAACCGGAAGACGAUGGACGAUACUGGUGGCCAUGUGCAAAUAAGAAAAUGCAGUUGCUGGGUAUUCAUGCUGAAGAGAAUGUGGGAAUGAGCAAGAAAGAGUGAAUGUGUCGAGAUAGUGCAGGAUAGUGUUGCAAAGGUCUUCAAUAUGGGGUCGAACUCUAUUGUAGGAAUAGUCAGACCUGUCAGGCCCAACUUUGGAAUAUGGAAAUGCAUCAGCCAGUGUCUUUUCAUAGACAGACAGGAUAUGGGCAACCGAGUCGAUGGUCGGACGGGGUAUCAUGUUGGCUACAGUGGGCUGAAUGUCUGGAUGAACAGCCAUGACAUUUAUGAGCAAGUUUAGCAGCUGCUGUUUGUCAAGGAACUGCAUCAGCUCACCCAUGCGAACAGCAUGAGUAUUGGAACCAGUGUUGUCUGUAUUAGUAUGAAAUACACUGGAAUUAUCCAUCGUACCAGAAGAUACAAACGGUUGGAACUGUGGAGCAAGGCUUGUGGGGUUUGCUGCAGUAUCAGUCAAGGUAUCAGCAGUAGUGUUUGAUACAUGAUGCUGUUGAAAAGAGUUUUUUUGUGGUGUAACAGCAGCUUUUGUUCUAUUAUCAUUAGUAGAAAACAAGGCCAUGGCAGGCUGCUGCUGCUGAUGGUCGCUGUCGUCCACCUCGGACUGCUGCCAUCUUGGUCUCUUUGACAUGGCGUUUUGGUAACCAUCCGUUUCAUACGAUGCUCGAUCCAUAGUGUUGACUGAGUUGGCAUUAUAAGAUUCUGAAGAAUUGUAUUCUGGACUGCUUCUGUCCAUCAUGUAGCUCAACAAGUUCCUUUUGCGAGAGGGUUUUACAGGAGUGAGAGUCUGCAUGACGACAACAAAGACUCGAAUGGUUCUAG